UGUGAACUUAACAGAUAAAGAUGGAAAUACAGCUUUGAUGAUUGCUUCAAAGGAGGGACACAUAGAAAUUGUGCAAGAUCUCCUAGAUGCAGGAACGUACGUGAAUAUUCCUGAUCGAAGUGGAGAUACCGUGCUGAUUGGGGCUGUCAGAGGUGGUCAUGUUGAAAUUGUGAGAGCAUUGCUUCAUAAAUACGCUGAUAUAGACAUUAGAGGUCAGGAUAAUAAAACAGCUUUAUAUUGGGCUGUUGAAAAGGGAAAUGCUACCAUGGUAAGAGAUAUUUUGCAGUGUAAUCCAGACACUGAAAUAUGUACAAAGGAUGGUGAAACACCUCUUAUAAAGGCAACCAAAAUGAGAAAUAUUGAAAUAGUUGAGCUUCUGCUGGACAAAGGAGCAAAAGUUUCUGCAGUAGAUAAGAAAGGAGAUACUCCACUUCAUAUUGCUAUUCGUGGCAGGAGCCGUAGGCUUGCAGAAUUGCUGUUACGAAAUCCUAAAGAUGGCAGGCUACUUUAUAGGCCUAAUAAAGGUGGUGAAACCCCUUACAACAUUGAUUGCAGCCAUCAGAAAAGUAUUUUAACUCAAAUCUUUGGUGCUAGGCAUUUGUCUCCUACUGAAUCAGAUGGGGAUAUGCUGGGUUAUGAUCUCUACAGCAGUGCAUUAGCUGACAUUCUUAGCGAACCAACAAUGCAGCCACCCAUUUGUGUUGGACUCUAUGCCCAGUGGGGAAGUGGCAAAUCUUUCUUGCUCAAGAAACUUGAAGAUGAAAUGAAAACAUUUGCAGGACAGCAGAUUGAACCUUUGUUCCAAUUUUCCUGGCUUAUUGUGUUCCUUUCACUUUCAUUGUGUGGUGGCCUUGGAUUAUUGCUGGCAUUCACCGUAGAUGAAAAACUCGGAAUAGCCGCGGCACUGAGUUUAUUGGCACUGCUAUAUGUAUUUUUCACUGUAAUAUAUUUUGGGAGCCGAAGAGAAGGAGAAAUUGGAAUUGGGCAUGGGUGCUUAGCACAAGAUUGGCAAGACAUAUUGGCUACAUGGAAUUACUUCUUAAACUCAUGUUUGUGAACCCACCUGAACUGCCGGAGCAAACCACCAAAGCCUUACCUGUCAGGUUUCUCUUUACAGAUUACAAUAGAUUGUCCAGUGUAGGUGGAGAAACCUCAAUGGCUGAAAUGAUUGCCACCCUUUCAGAUGCCUGUGAGAGAGAAUUUGGGUUUUUAGCAACACGUCUUUUUCGAGUGUUCAAAACUGAAGAAACUCAAGGUA